AUGCGUAUGACGGUCGAGUCGGCCUUGCGUGGCGAGGCAUACACCCCGGAGAACGUCCUCAAGAAGAACAAGAAGCUGCAUGACCAUGUCUUGGAGUUCUUGAACAGACGGAGGGCUCGCAACCAAGAACAGAAAUCUCGCGAAGCCAGAAUCGCCGCGGCAGUGGCAUCUGGUGCAACUGUCGAGGGCAUGGACGAGAGGACAUCGGCGUGGAACACUACCGAUCUCACGAACCCCCAGCCCGAAGAGAACCGACAGAACUGGGGCAAGCAGGAGACUUUGGCCGCCUUCGGAGAGAGUCCAGAAGAACAAGAGACCGUCUUCGUACAAAAGACCGUCGUCACCACCGUCGACAGCGAGGGCCGGCGUGUAAAGGGUAAGGCGACAGUAGAACGUAUCGGGGGCGACCCUUCAUCAGCUGACGAUGCUGGGGAGGAGAACGAGUCGACUGAUGAGAUCUGGUUCGAGAGCUUCGAGCAGUGA